AGAAUAGUAAGUGCUUCUGACAGCAAUGACAGAUAUGGAUAAUACAUCAGAUUCAGAUUCUGUGAAUUCUGACGAGGGUAUUAGGUAUAAGACAAACUCAGUACGAAGCAAACAAGAUGUAAAAUAUAAUAGCAUCAUUGAGGAUAACCAAUCCUUUGGACCAUCACUACCUUUACAUUUACAUAAAAACAUCUCAAUAGGACCUACUUUACCUACCAAUCCACAGGAGAAGGUAGCAGAAGUUGUAGGACCAAUGCUACCUCCUCAUUUACAAAAAACUAAGGAAUUAGAAAUUGAUGAAUCCAAAGUUAUAGGACCGGCCCUACCUCCUCAUUUAACGAAGAGUCAAGAAAGUGUAAAUUUACCUAAGACUUUAGGACCAAGUUUACCUCCUCACUUACAAAAACCAUUGCAAAAUGAUACAACAUCAAUUGGUCCUGCUCUACCUCCUCAUCUCCAAAGUAAAAAUCUACCAAAAGAUACACCAGAAUCAAAAUGUUUUGGUCCAUCUUUACCUGAUCAUUUACGACAACAACUAGCAGAAGUAGCUGAGUCACAAUCAGACGAAGAAGAUGUGUAUGGUCCUGUUCCAGUUGGUUUCAGCGGUUCCAAAGCUCACAUUGAGUUGGAAGAAAGGGCUUUACAAAUGAAAAUUGAUAUGUUGAAUCCCAAGGGAGAAAAAGAACCUACAAGAGAAGAAUGGAUGUUGGAGCUACCUGCUGCCAAAGCUGCGCAUUUUGGUUUAGGACCUCGGCAAUUUAGAGCUAAGGAAGCGCCAGAUAUGUCUGAUAGGUCAUCGUGGACGGAAACUCCUGAAGAUCGAUCGAAAAAGAAAGCAAAAAAGGAAACAAAAGAAGUGGAUUUACAAAAAGAGGCUGAAAUAAAGGAAAUGAAAAGAAGAGAUAAAGAGCAGGAAGCAAUAGUAAAAAAGAGUAAACGGUCCAAAGAAAGUUUAGUGGAUAUGCAUAUGAAAAAAAUGAAAAAGGACAAGGAUGACUCAGGACCAGCCGAAAGGCGCCCAUUUAGUCGUGAGGUAGAUCUUCAGGUUAAUCGUUUCGAUGAGGCUCAAAAAAAGGCAGUACUGAAAAAAGCCCAACUUUUAGAUACUCGAUUUUCAGCAGGACAAUCCAAGUUUUUAUAAACACGAGAUAGGGAUAGAGUACAUUCCAAGAAUCCCAUCGAAAAACAAGUUUAUCUUGCAUGUAGAUAGAUAAAAAAUUGGAAUAAGCAUAAUGUUUAUAUUUAUUAAUAAGAAUUUUAUUUUGAAAUAGUAAGAACACAUCUUGUAGUAACAAAUAUUUUACUUAAUUUUCAAUUAUUUUCUAUCUAGUAACUAAAUAAAUGUCAGUAAAGUCUGGAGAUUGUAUGCUAUCUUCUCUUAUAGGAUUAUAAUUAUACUAAUCUUACUAUGAAUGGAGUUAAUAAUAAAACACAAUUUACAAU